AUGUUCCUCCAGCAGAUCUUCGGCCUGGCGUUGUUCCUCGGGGGAUUUCCUCGUCUUCAGGCGUUGCCGGAGUCCUGGCCGGAGCACUAUCUUUUCGGGACCAGAGGCAGCGACGUCACCAUCACAUGUCCGUUAGAGGGUGACAACGUGCGAUGGGACCGAACAACGCCGCUUCCCCCCACCUUCAACCUUAGAGACGCCGGCGGGUACACGUGUACCGAUGUCCAGAACUCGAAGGCCACCGUACAUGUCCUCGUACAGGGGCGGAGUUCUCUGACAGUGAAAUGUGCGGCGGAUUCAUACUGCAGCCACGAGCUCCGCUGCUCCAUUGACCACCAAUUUGUCCGGGAAGUUCUGAUCCGAGCGAAGGCGUACAAGUUCUCUGACAGUUCUCUGACAGUGAAAUGUGCGGCGGAUUCAUACUGCAGCCACGAGCUCCGCUGCUCCAUUGACCACCAAUUUGUCCGGGAAGUUCUGAUCCGAGCGAAGGCGUACAAGUGGAACAACACAGAGAACUCCUCCCCCUGGAAGCAGAGCUCACAGAGAGACGGACCCGCCCACUUUACUGUCCCCAUCGCCUCGGUUUUCUGCCCCUUCGAGGAAUAUACCAACUUCUUCCGUGUCCGGGCGGAGGUCAUGACGGAGAAAGAGUAUUGGAUGGUGGACAUGCCCAUCUCCAUGACCGAAGUCGUGGUCCCCAGUGCUCCGGAGAACCUGGAGGUCAAAGGUGACCAUAUAACCUGGGGCUAUCCAUCUUCCUGGGCACGUCCUUCCUCCUUCUUCCCUCUGCUCUUCCAGGUGGAAUUUAGGAAACGCAACAAUGUGAAGGAGAGUAAGAUGCUGAAGGAGAUGACCUACAGAAAGGAGAACAUCCGUGAAUUCCGAGUUCGCUGCCGAGAUCUCUACAGCCCGUCCUCACCCUGGAGUGCCUGGAGCCGAACCUUUAAUCCCCUGGACCCAAAAGGGUCCUCCUGA